GGCGAAAAGUCAACUUUUUUUUUCUGCGAAGCAGCCCACAGUCGUGAAUAACGAGCGAGUGAGGAGUGCUAACAUUAUUCCGCCGCGGUAGGCAUAAUUUUUUAGCAAACACUCAGGCAUUCGUUUCGCAAGAACGCCUUCCGUUCCGUGCACCUUCUGUUCGCGAGCUUGAUUUCGGUGGAAAACGCGUUCUGAAGGAUUCGGUUCGGUCCUGAAACUGAACGGAAAGUGUCGCGUCUAACUUGGUCUGGUUGCUGCGGAUGUUCGUGUAUGUGGUGCGGGGAAAAUAUCUUCCGAUAACAAGAGGAAAGUUUACCUCCGGUGGAUGAUUCGUAUGCUCAUUCAUGUGCUCUUCACGCGAAGUUUUCUGGUGUGGUAAAGUGCUAGUUCAGCUGUGAUUUUGGUUCGUGUGCAUAUUCCGCGAAGAUAAUAAACCGGAAUUAUUGCUAUUUUUUGUAGCUGCAAAAGCGCUUCUCAUUCGUUUCAUAAGCAAACAAAAAAAACACGAAGCAAUAUCAUACACCGUAAUUAGUGAAAAAUCAUACGGCAAAGUGACACCGGUUCAACAGAACGGAGAAAACAAAAAAAAAGUUACUAAAGGUUAGAGUUCGCGUGGAUAAACCAGGCAACCGCAGUCUCACGAGAGCCAUAAAGACCUAUCCACGUGCCAAGGGUGGAUUUUUCGUGUGGUUCUAACAAGUGCGUAGGCGUAGCCGCAACGGAAGAUUAAUUUGUUUUAAAGGUGAAACCCUACUCACUCACCGUAGACCCACGGUGAGCGAUCUCUCUUCUUACGGAGGCUGCCGAAGCUGAAUUUGUGGUCGGUGGUUAGGCGAAUACUUGUACACCAGCACAAUGCGUGAGUACAAAAUUGUCGUGCUCGGAAGCGGAGGUGUGGGCAAAUCCGCCCUGACAGUACAGUUUGUUCAGGGUAUCUUCGUGGAAAAGUACGACCCAACGAUAGAGGACAGUUACCGGAAACAGGUCGAAGUGGACGGACAGCAAUGCAUGUUAGAAAUUUUGGACACUGCCGGGACGGAACAAUUCACAGCGAUGAGAGAUCUCUACAUGAAGAACGGCCAAGGUUUCGUGCUAGUGUAUUCAAUCACGGCACAAUCGACAUUCAACGACCUGCAGGAUCUCCGAGAACAGAUUUUAAGGGUUAAGGACACUGACGACGUACCAAUGGUGUUGGUUGGAAAUAAGUGCGAUUUGGAGGACGAGCGAGUAGUUGGAAAGGAGUUGGGCAAAAGUCUCGCCAAUCAGUUUAACUGUGCAUUCAUGGAAACGUCAGCCAAAGCCAAAAUUAAUGUUAACGACAUUUUCUACGACUUAGUCCAACAAAUUAACAAGAAAUCUCCCGAGAGAAAGCCCAACAAAAAGAAGAAAUCACUGUGCGCGCUGCUCUAAGUGAAGAACCAUUACGAUUAACAAAGUAAUAAUAAAAAUAAAAACACCCGAAACAGAGGUAAAUCAGAAACGAAACAAAAAAUCGUUCGCAGAUAAGGAUUUAAGAAAGUUAUAAACAUUAUAUUAUUAAUUGAAAAGGGAAACCCGUGUUAAGAUUAUGAAGAAAAAAAAAACAAACAAACGCAGUAAGGAAAUUGACAAAGAUCGUGUGGUCGAAUGGCGUUCGAAAAGGGAAGCAAACCUUAGUUUACAAUCCAGACACCAUUUCAGUGGAAUUUAAACCACUACCCGUAAUCGCAGAUCAGUCUCAUGGGGAAAAAUAAUCUCGGAACAUCGGAUUGUUAUGUGAUUAUCGGUAGUUCAACACCUACUUGAUAAUUUUAAGCCAAACCAACUCUUUCUUGACGUUAAUGAACAGCACAGAAAAUUUUACGAAAAAAAAAUUACACAGUAAAAACUAUGCGAAGAAGAAGUAUGUUGCCACCGCCAUCAUCGUUGAUUGUGAUUUGUUCUGCAAUUUCGUAAAUAAAAAAAAACACACACACAAACACAAAUUAAAGUUAAUGGAAAUGAGCGUUCGUCACCACUAUUGAAGUAUUUUCUAUGAACACCUGUGUGGUUACUCUUUUUCUGAUCGUGAUCGUUUGGCUUCCAUUUUUACAUAAAUCGAAAUUGGCAAACUGGCAAAGCAACAACAACACAGUCACGGAAGUUUAAGAAUGUGAAUCUUUGUUCAGCUUGGUGUAGGUUAUUACGUAAUGUGAAGAACAAUAGACCAAAACCAUGAACUAGGAUUCUCUCGAGCUAAGAAGAGAUCUCAAAUUUUGUGGUACCCGUACAUAAUGGACGAAAAUUCACUCUCACACAGACAAAAAAAACUCACACAAACCGACACAGACAACAGAAUAAAGUCGUUCGGUCAGAUUCAUUGCAACUACUAGUAUUAUGAAAAUACUUUCCAUGUCGGAACUGAUAUAUAGAGUAGCGAUCGGAACGGACAAAUGGUAAGUUCGACUGUGAAACAAACAGAUUUUGUACUAUUUUUAAUGCAAAUAUACUACAUUUUUCUACUAUCUCAUCAAGUCUUAUCGAGUCAAGGAAACCUCAAAGGUUGCCCCUCUCGAAGGAAAUCGCAGUUAGGUGAUUUCUCAGACCAGAGUUUGAACCCCAACAUCAAAUUUUGGAGUGCCAAACUACCAAUCAAUCAAUCAAUACAUUCACUCACACGUUCUCGUUCAUAAUCCAAACUGUAGACCGUAGAAAGAAAAUCGGCUUCGAACCACUCUGUUGAUUGCUUCUCGCUCCAAACUUUCCUGUUUAAUAAAUUCUUUUACCACUACGAAUUUUUGAUAGAACCCCUCUUUUUCGGAUAUCGCCUUUUGCACUUGUUCAAGCACGGUUUUCAAUGUGAAUAAUACAGAAAUUGACAUAAUAAAACUAACAAAAUCAAAUCAUAAUCAUGAAGAAAAGUAAAUAGAAUGGAUAGUACAUUUUUUGUUCGAGUUUAACCCAGUAAUGUUCAUUAAAAAAGGAUGAAGAAACUGACCGUAAUCAAAAACAUAAGCUCGCCAUCAUCGUCGUUGUCGUCGUUAUAGUCGUCACACACUCGUGCACAUGUGCGUGCUCUUGCGGGGAGAGAGCGUGGCUGAACGAAAAAAUAAUGCCAACAAAUAAAACAUACGCUAUUAUAGGAACAAGGAAACAAAACAAGAAAAAAAACACUGAGUAGAUCAAGCACCAAACUCCUUUCUCAAGCCACUUGUACCGUGUAUCAUCCUGGCCUUGUUUCAAGAAAGUAGCACCUGUAUCGUAAUAGUAGAUAGAUAGUCCUUCAAAUUCAGCACAAGUUGUUCGGGUAAGACGUAAAUAAUGGCAAAUGACAGUGAAUAAGUGUAGAAUUCAAGUGACCCCAAUCAAUAACAGCUCUCACGAGAAAUUAGUGUUUAAACGAAAAACAAAAAAAAAACAUAGAAAACUGUUGUGAAUGUGUUUGAACUUCUCACCCACAAGUCGUUAAAAAAUAAAUAAAACAAAAGGUGUCGAUCUCACAUCCAACUCCAUUCGUAUAAGACGAACGUACACGCUCACGCAAGACGCAACGUUUGCCAUUUCACACAUACGUUGAAAAAGAGUAAACAACAUCCUACAGAAUGAACAAAAAAAAAUCUAGGAACAAGAAUGUUUGUUGUAGCCGCAGUACAGAAUUGUUAUCGUCAUACUAUUUUCAAGUUUUCCCCUAGUAAACUGUCACUGCGAGAAAGAAAUAGAAACUGUUAACCGGACUUUUAUCUUCUACCGUACAAUAUUGUAGCGAAUACACAAACUGGUCCCGACUCGGUAAAUAUCGUUCUGAUCUAGAACAGAAACUAGGAGAACACUUACAUGGAGGAAAAAACAACGUACACACUAAACACACAUCCACGCGCGAUCUUCUCAUACUGAACAAGGAGAAAGGAAUGAAAAAGAUAUAACUGUGUAACCAUGCAAAACAAUCUAUUUUCUAAUGAAUAAUAAGUAUAUAUAUACAAGA